GCUAUAGUCAGGAGACCGACGGAGAGGAGUAGAGGACGUAUUUUUCUUUUUGAGAGACGGUGUCUGAUUUCUAAAAAGGACUAGGAGAUAUCCACACACAGAGACCUGGGUUAGAGAGAGAUUUAACGUCCAUUUUUCGGUGAAAGGGAAGCUAUGUCGUCCGCGACGGUAGCUGCUUCAAGAAGGCAGUCUUGUUAUUUAUGCGACCUGCCCCGCAUGCCCUGGGCUAUGAUCUGGGAUUUUACCGAGUCUAUCUGCAGGGGCUGUGUCAACUACGAAGGAGCGGACCGGAUCGAGUUUGUGAUUGAGACAGCCCGGCAGCUGAAGCGGGCUCACGGUUUACAGGAGGGGAGAUCUCCGGGGCCCGCUAAACAGCAGCAGCUCUCGGGGAAAGAAAUCCAUGCUAAUCACCACGGCUCUGGAGGAGACAACGGUUCCCGACCACCUCAGCCCCUUGACCGCUACCCCCUCUCCACAUCGGACCGUCCUCCGCGGCUGGGGCCGGAGUACCAGUCUGGGAGACAGGCUAACGGCAUUCCGGUACCUAAUGGAUUUCCUAAACCGGACGAUCCACCAGAGCUUAACCGGCAGAGCCCAAACCCGCGCAGGAAUAACACGGUUCCUCCUAAUCUAGUGCCUUUGGUGAACGGGAACAUGUCCUCCAUGCACGCCGUUAACGGCCGACCGAUGGGGCACCCGGGGUCCGGUUUGAUGGCUGGUAGCCCCAACGGGCACGGCGGUAAGCGCCCGGCCUCGUUCUCCAGCAUCGAGCAACACGAGAAGGAUAAGCACAGACCGGACAGCCUGACACCGGAGAUAGAGAACCACAAAGCCCGGGCGGAUGACUGGAUGAACAAGGGGAAAACGGUCAGGGACUUGAUGGCUCUCCAUACCUUCGACAACCGGUUCAAGAAGGAUCCUGCCGCCAUGCAACAGAGAGUGAUGGGCUAUGAGCAACAACAGAACGCAGCAGCUUCUAAAUCAGACAGGGGAAAACACCCGCGGACUAUGAAGAGGAAAGCAUCGCCGGAACCGGAGGGAGAGCGAGAGGGAACCGCCGCCAAGCAUAACGGAGAGGACAGACAGCAGUGGUUACCGGGUCCACCAUCUGACCGUGACGGACAUAAAAUGCCCCCGGGACCACCACCAAGCUUCUCCUCCGUCCCCACCAUAUCCCCCCACUCACGCACCACCCCACCGGAAGCUGCGCAGAACGGCCAGUCCCCAAUGGCGGCGCUGAUCCUCGCGGCAGACAACGCCGGUGGUGGCGGGAACAGCUCGCCCAAAGACGGGAACCAGGUCCACUCCACCACGCGCCGCAACAGCAGCAGCCCGCUCUCGCCCUCCUCCAUGAACCAGAACCGGCGGCUUGGACAGGGGAGAGAUGGUACUGGUGGCGCGGGGACAACUCACGUGUCAGGAGGAGGCGUGGACCAAGGGCACGGACCUCAAAGCAUUCCGGACCCGUCAGUACCCGGGAGCGUACCCCUCUGCUGCACGCUCUGUCACGAGAGGUUAGAGGACACGCACUUUGUUCAGUGUCCGUCGGUUCCCUCGCACAAGUUCUGCUUCCCGUGUUCGCGGCAGAGCAUCAAACAGCAAGGCGCCACCGGGGAGGUGUACUGUCCCAGCGGGGAGAAGUGCCCGUUGGUCGGCUCUAACGUACCGUGGGCUUUCAUGCAAGGAGAAAUCGCCACCAUCCUUGCAGGGGACGUCAAAGUAAAAAAAGAGAGGGAUACUUGAUUUCCAUUUUCAACAUGUGGAAGGGAUUGUUGUCGGGGGGGAGGGGGGGGGGAGUUCAAAUACAACUAUAUAAAUAUACAAAUACCACAUACCUACUGCAUACCAUCCAAGCAAACUAAUGGACUAUGUACAUAGUGGACCCAAACCGAAGGGACUACUGCAUACCAUCCAAGCAAACUAAUGGACUAUGUUUAUAGUGGACCCAAACCGAAGGGACUACUGCAUACCAUCCAAGCAAACUAAUGGACUAUGUUUAUAGUGGACCCAAACCGAAGGGACUACUGUAUACCAUCCAAGCAAACUAAUGGACUAUGUACAUAGUGGACCCAAACCGAAGGGACUACUGUAUACCAUCCAAGCAAACUAAUGGACUAUGUUUAUAGUGGACCCAAACCGAAGGGACUACUGCAUACCAUCCAAGCAAACUAAUGGACUAUGUUUAUAGUGGACCCAAACCGAAGGGACUACUGUAUUCUUCAGUAAAACAUGGCUGUAAUGUUUUUAGAUUUUUUUGGAAUACAUUGUGUGUGUAUAUUUUUGAAGAUGAAGGUAUGUAAUCAUAAUAAAAUAGGACUCUUCUUGGUCCCUCUUUGUCGAUGUACUUCUAAGUUUACAUCUCAAAUGGCACCCUAUUCCCUAUGCAAUGCACUGCUUUUUAACCAGAACCCCCUAGGGGAAACCCAUAGGGCUCUCUGGUCAAGACUAGUGCUUUAUGUAAGGUACAGGGGUGGUUGUUUGGGAUGUGACCUGUCUGAUAGCGGUUCCUUUUCAAAACGUAGAAUGUGACUGAUGAUGACUAGCCUCUCUCUCUGUAAACACUUAGCAUCCAACUGAAAUCAUUUAACUGUAAUGUGUAUAUGCACUUGUUUCAAAAAAAAUAAUUGCCGAAAUACAAUUUGUGAUCUUGUAUGAAGAA